AAAUCAAUUCUCAAUUUAUUUAUUUGGACAAGGAGCAUACCUUACUUAUGAGUAACCAGAAUCCAAGAAGCUAUAAUGAAAUCUCAGCAUUAGCAACUAUUCACAAUGAAAAGAAGAUUCUUUAUCCUAGGCCAAUGAGAAGAGAAAUCAAACAAAGACCGUGUACAUUUAUAAUCAAAAUCAUUGGGAUAGUGAAUGUCAAGUAUCCCACAGUGAAUACUCGAUUAAAUCGUCUUAAGGAGAACGAACAAAAGUACUAUUUGCCUGAAGGCACAUCAAGUCAGACAAACGAAGAAGUUAACAAAUUGGAAGAUUGUUCAAAAAACUACAUUCCGACAAUGAUGCCUCAAACGAAUGCGGUAACUAAGAAACAUGAACAAAAGGAAGGAUCUUUAGCAAAAGGAAGAAGCCUAUUUGACAUUGGGUUACAAUUAUCCUUUAUAUUAAAGGAACUAGUUCAGCGACUAGUCUUAACAGAAACUGAUGAACAAGAACUAAAAUUAGCCCUUUUCGAUAUUAGAAACCCUAAAUGA